AUGGCUAAUUUACCCAAUAGUUUGGGUGAUAAAGAAAAAGCGACUCAUCAAUCAAAUUCAUCAUUGCAUAGUAAUUAUUCUCGUAUGACGGUAAAUUCUCAAAUAUCAGCAUUAUAUAAUAAUUCAUCCUCAAGCAAACAUAAUUUAUUCACAAAAGUCGGUCAUCGUUUACAAUCAAUGUACAAACGUUUUAAAGGUACACAUACACAACUAACAGAAAUGGAAAUACAAGUUUUGAUCACGUUAACGUCUUUUACAAGAGAAGAAGUAUAUGAAUGGCAUGAAAAAUUUCUUCACGAUUGUCCAAACGGUUUUAUGUCUCGUAAACAAUUUGUUCAAAUGUACAAACAAUUAUCUCCGAAAGGUGAUGCUGAACGAUUUGCCAAACAUGUUUAUCGUGCAUUUGAUCUUGAUAAAUCUGGACAAGUGGAUUUUAAAGAAUUUAUCAUUGGACUAAGUAUAACAAGUUCAAAUUCAACACCAAAACAAAAAUUACAAUGGAUAUUUAAUGUAUUCGACAUCGAUGGAAAUGGAUAUUUAACACGUAAAGAAUGUUGUGAAGUUGUUGAAUCUAUUGUCCGAUUUAAUUCAAAUGAUGAAAAUACAGAAGAAUUAGCUAAACAACGAAUGAUGAAAAUAUUCAAUGAAUCAGAUGGAAAUAAACAUGAUCAAUUAACAUUGAAUGACUUUAUUCGAGGAUGUGAGAAAGAUACACUUAUAUAUAAUUUAUUAUUACCAUCUAAAACUACGACAUCUACCACUACAUUAAAUUCUUCCGAUGUUUGA